GGGCAGUAUACGACUUGAAGUCUUUUGUUUAAUUAUGUUCAGUUAGAAUUUAAGUGAUGGUUUUCGUGAAAAUAUUAAUUUCAGUUAGUAAUAGUAUUUAAAAACGGUAGUCUAUCUAUAUUAUUUAAAUCCAGAGCGUUUUGUGGGGGUUAAAAGUUCGUUCGAAAUGUACAAUUACGAGGAAAUUUGAAGGUAACAAAAACGUUCGCGUAGAUAUUUAACAUAUUAUAAUAAUUUUAUAACUAAACGAGGUUUGGUUUUAGGCCAUAUAAACACAAUAUAAACUGUUUUGUACGUUUUGAUGUGUAUUUUUAAAAUGUUAGUUAUCACGAGAGAUCAUGUGAACAUUACGUCAUGUGAUCACGGGGUAAAAACAUGGCCGCUUGCCUGUUUGUGUGGAUUCGCCUUCUAUCUUAACAUUUAGACUCAUAACUGUGUUAGAAAAUUCAUAACACAAUCAUAUAUAUUGUUUAUUAUCUGAAAAAUCUGUUAUUAUUCCUUGGAAUUAUGGCCUCGGCGUUUGUGGUAGGAGAUCGGUUCAGAAAUAAGGUGUCAGAAGUGUUGGAACAUCCGAACUCAUCUCUGCCUGAAGAGCUGAGAACACAACUGGGGGUUCUACUUGAAAAGAAAGAAGAUCAAAUAAUCCUGCCCUUUAGUAUAGCCAGGCAAUUGAAAAAGUAUCUCCAAGAUGAAGGGCAUCCAUUUUAUUUGUAUGAGUUGUUGGAGGAUAGUUCAUUGCACCUACCUAAGAUUGUGAAGCCUCCCCGGAACCCAGAGCUGGUCGCACGCUUAGAAGUUAUUAAAGCCAGACUAGCGAACGAAGAAUACAACAAGAUGACACGUAAUGUAAACAAUCAGGAAAUGAACCGCAAUGGAACACUGGCCGAUUUUGGUCAGCAAGUUCGAUCGGCCAAAGCUGUGGUUGUGACUGUUUUCAACUUCCUGGUGACUGUAGUUGCUACGUUUGCCUGCUCCUACAUGGGGAGUCAGUACCUAUUCGCAGAAACUACAGCACGAGUGAUAUCUGCUGUGAUUGCAACAUCUGUAGUGGGGCUUGCUGAGCUGUAUGUCUUGGUUCGGACCAUGGAGGGGGAAUUUGGGGAACCUUAGCACCACAAACGAGAACUACACCAGAUUCCGGAAAGAAAAGCUGUAAAGAAUAGCAACUGCCUCCAGACGUCAUACUGUACGACUAUAAUGGAGCUCACAUAACCUUCACGUUGAAACAUUUCGCUUUCUUCAAAGGUUUUUCGGACUAUUGGAAUUUUAAAUGGGAUUAAAGGUAAAGAAAAUGUAUGAAUGAUUAUGAGGUUGAAACAUUUCGCUUUCUUCAAAAGGUUUUCGGACUAUCGGAAUUUUGAAUGGGAUUAAAGGUAAAGAAAAUGUAUGAAUGAAUUUGAGUUCAGUGUUUUACAGAUUUGGGGGCAAAAAAGAGAUUUUUUUUUUUUUUUAACUGCAGCCCUGAUAUCAGUUAAGGAGGCUUUAAUAGUCUCUUAACACAGCAAAAACAAAUACUGUUAAGAGUUUGUGUAACCUCCGUUAUACAGUGGUAUGAAAAAGUAUCUGAACAUUUUGGUAUUUCUCACAUUUAUGCAUAAAAUAACCAUCAAAUGUGAUCUGAUCUUUGUCAAAAUCACUCGGAUGUAAAAAUGGGGCCUGGACAACUUGCAAUCAUUAAUGGAAGAAUACAAUUAAAAGCUUAGCUGGAUGUUUUGCAGGAAAACCUGAGGCCGUUUGUCAGACAGUUGAAGCUAAAAGAAGAUGGAUGCUGCAACAAGACAAUGAUCCAAAACACAGAAGUAAAUCAACUUCAGAAUGGUUUCAGAAGAACAAAAUACACGUUCUGGAGUGGCCAAGUCAAAGUCCAGACUUCAACCCCAUUGAGAUGCUGUGGCAUGACCUAAAGACAGCGAUUCAUGCCAGACAUCCCAGGAAUACAGUAUGACUGUGCUACAGCAGUUUUGUAGAGAAGAAUGGGCCAAGAUUAGUCGUGAUCGAUAUGCCAAACAGAUCUGCAGCUACAGGAAACGUCUGAAGUUAUUGCUGC